UUGGUGAAGAGCUCUGAGGGCGGUCCCUGAUUGGGCGAGGAGAAAGGGCGGAGCUGUCCGUGGUAGGGAGCGGAGCGGAUCGGGAACGGAGCGGAGCGGAGGUUUCACUUCGCUGCCCCCGAGGAGGGGAAGGGGAAACCGGGCACAAAGCAGAGGGAAGAGGCGUUCGAGCCGUAAUUUUAAUAUAAAACGGAGUUGUCCUUCAUAUUUUCUCCAGUUAAUGCGGAGACGAACGGAGGAUCAGUCCCGCUGUCCUCCUUGCAAGGAAACCGGGACAGCCGCACCGUGGAAAAGACUUUUUUUUGGCCUUAAAUCUAAUAGAAAACGAGCUGCUGUUCGUUCCUUUGUUUGUUUGCUUGCUUGUUCGCCCCAUUAAAACUCAGUGCUGGGCGCCGUCCCGUUGCUGUGCCCCAUCUUUCAUCCCCCAACGUUGUGGGAUCUGUGCCAGGACCCAACGCAGCGCCGUCCCCGCAUUCAUUGACCCCUGGGUUUAAUCCGAUUGCCGCUAUGAAUAGCAGCCGGGAGCGGCGGGGGGAGCGCAGGGGCUGUAUGUCUCAUCCCGCCCCGUUUGGACACUCACUGCUCUUCACAUCCCUCAUUGGGAUCCGCCACCCCCGCCCCCAUGGCCUCUCUGUUCACUGGGAAAGUGUUGAUUGUCAACAACAGGGACCGGGACGAGAUGGAGACGGAGAGGGAGCUGUGUUUGGCACUGGAGAACAGAGUGAUGCUGCUGUAUUUUGGGGCAGCUGAAUGCCCGAGGUGCCGGAGCUUCGUGCCACGGCUGAAGGAUUUCUUCGUGAGGUUGACAGAUGAGUUCUACGUGGAACGGGCAUCGCAGCUGUGUUUGGUGUACGUGUCCCGAGAUGCCACCGCGCAGCAGGAGGAGGCCUUCCUGAAGUCCAUGCCCAAGAGGUGGCUGUCGUUACCCUUCGGGGAUGAGUUCAAGAGGGAACUGGAGCAGCGCUUUGAGGUGUCUGAGGUGCCCAGGGUGGUGGUGCUGAAACCCAACGGGGACGUCAUCGUCGGGAACGCCGUGGAUGAGAUCACCAGCAUGGGUCCUGCCUGCUUCCAGAACUGGCGGGAGGCAGCUGAGCUGGUGGACAGGAAUUUCCGACUGGCAGAGGAUUUUGAUGACUGUGCCAGGAGGAGCAUCACUGACCCCCUCCGGCGCCUCAAGUACAAACUGUGCAAGGGGGAGGAAUCCAGGAGUGAAGAGCAGAAAGAGGAUGGUGAUGGGUCCUCGUAGGGAUGUCUGGGAAGUCCAUUGGGUUGCUGUCCCAGAGUGGUCAACUGGGGGCAUCCCUUGGGUUGUUGUCCCAACAUGGUUGGUUGGGCAAGAGGGAGGAAUCCAAGAGUGAAGAGCAGAAGGAGGAUGGUGAUGGGUCCUUGAAGGGGUUGGUUGGGACGUCCCUUGGGGUGUUGUCCCUAUGUGAUUGACUGGGGACAACACCAACACCAACAUCUGUCUUUCUUCAAAAACUCUGCUAAAAUUGUGUUUGUUUUCUGGAAGUCAGACCAUUCUGAAACAAAUUCAUUCCGUCCCCUCGUGUGGCUCCUUGUGCCGCCCGCUGCUCAUUUAUGGGUUCUCCAUUCCACCACAAGGGGAAGAGCCAAGAAUUUAGAAACUCACAGGAUGCAAAGGAUCUGGGCAAUGCUGGCAGGCAGACAGAGAGACCGUGCGAGGGCGGCUGGUUUGACUUGCUUUCUCACUUAAGCCUCUUUGCCCAGCAAGUUGGGCAGGUAGGCGAGGAAUAAUCCCAUAAAACAAAUGGCUGGGAGGGAUCCAGCGUUACAAGCGUCUUUCUUUGGGUUCUGCGUUCUGUGUGGCACUGAGUGAAGAGAUGCAAAGAAAACCUCAAAGUCCUUCCGGGUCACGUAUCCGUGGAGGAGUGAAACUGUGCUGCAUGCUGUGCUCUGGUGGUCACGAAUGGGGCAAUGCUGCAUUUCCUCGGGGGCAACGUGCGACAGCUGGAGGUAAAAAUAAUGAUUUUAAUGACAAAUAACAAACCUGGAGAAGUGGGAAGGAGGUGGAAGGCAGUGUUUUCACCUCAAAGUGAAUACUGAGGCUAUAAAUUGGCACUCAGGUGCUGCUCGUCCCCAUGUCAAUAGAAAGACACCCAACACUGGAAUUUAUUGAAAGAAAAAUAACAUAAAAGGUGGACUUUUACCAGCCCUACCCAUUGGGUUUUUAAUCCGUUGGGUUUUUAACCCAUUGGGUUUUUAACUCAUUGAGUUUAUAACCCACUGGGUUUUUAACUCACUGACGUUUUAAGCCACUGAGUUUUUAACCUAUUGGGUUUUUAACCCAUUGGGCUUUUGGCAGAUUGGGUUUUUAACCCGAUGGGUUUUUCUCUGUUCAGAACCAAAAAUUGCUCUU